AUGCUGGACAGCUCGGGUGCUGUCCUGGCGCUGGGUUUGGUCACCGUACUCUGGGGAUCCCAGCACUCCAUCAUCAAAUAUACGCUGGCGGGGGGCGCCAAUGACAGCUUGCAGGCCGCGUGUCUGAAUCUGGUUCGCUUCAGCCUGGCCUCGCUGUGCUUCAGCUUUUGGCUGCCGGAUCUCCGUGGCCUGCGGGGGCGCCUCGAGUGGCGCGCAGGGCUGGAGCUGGGCUUCUGGCUCUUCCUGGGCUUUUGCUUGCAAGCCAUCGGGCUUGUGUACACCACGGCGCAGCGGAGCGGACUUCUCCUGUACUUGAAUGUCAAGCUGGUGCCUUUUUUCGCCUUCUCAAUUUUCGGCCGAGAGGUGGCGCUCUCCGCUUGGCUCUCGGCCCUGGCGGCCUUGUUGGGCACAACCUUGGUGGCCCUGGACGACCAGGCAGGGGUGCCACCCAAUGUCGGUGACCUGCUGAGCCUCAUGGCAGCGGCAGCCUCGGCCAUGUUUAUCCUACGCUUGGAGACCUUUGCCCCAGUCACGGAGCCCAAAGCCGUGAAUGCGGUCAGCACCCUUUCGGUCGCUGCUCUUUGCUUUUUCUGGGCCUUUGCCGUGGCCGCCGCCUCCUUUCUGGACACCGCCGGCGCCUCUCCCGCCCCGGAGCUGAUUACGGGCUCGGCCUUGGCGGAGCUGGGGGCGCGCUGUGGGGCGCUGCUGAGGGACCAGCUGUUUUCGGUGAUUUACCUGGGAGUGCUGACCACGGCCUUCACCAACUGGCUGCAGACCAUCGGUCAGCAGUCCAUCCCGGCCACUACGGCCUCGGCCAUUUACGCCUUGGACCCGCUUUGGGGCGCCUUUUUCGCGUACCUCUUCCUGGGAGAAGCUCUGGGUCCGCAGGGCCUGCUGGGGUGCUUCAUCCUCUUCGCGGUGUGGCUCUACCAACUGGCGGCCACCAAGCGCGAGGAGGCCGGGAUGCCGGAGGCAGCCUCCCGAGGCGCGCGGCGCCACAGCGCCAGCGGCCGCCUUUUGUUCGCGGCUUGCUGCGCAGGGGUUGUGGCCGUCCUGGUCAAUCUUCCUAGCCGCUCCGAGAGAAGACAGCGAGAACUGGACGCAGGCGAUGCCGAAGAGCUGGACAUAGAAUACCCGAGAGCAGGCUAUGGUGACGAUGCUGGCAGCUCCCGGGCAUUUUUGUCCAUGGACGAGAAGGAUGGACGGUUUUGCGGCAAGGAGGGCGACCUCUGCAAAUGCUUUGGCAAGGUCCGCUAUGGCCGCCUCUUCUCCUGGUCCGGAGAUGUGGCCGUGGACGGCAGCGUGAACUGCAGCGCAGCGCUCUUCGGCGACCCCAUGCCGAUGGACCUCAAGAUUUGCAAGUGCUACCCGACCAUGUGCACAACACAGAUGGGCAUCUGCACGCCGGAGCCCUGCAUGUGCCCAACGUCGCGGGACCCCGACUUCGAGUGGGGCAAGAAGACGCUGAUGACGGGUGAUGGCACCAAAUGCUGGGCCUGCGAGCGCAAGCGCGCCUCCACGGGCAUCGCGGAGUCUGGGAACUCCACCUACUGCCCCACACAGAUGGGGCGAUGCUCGUUGAAGAGGAGCUGCAAGUGCGAGUCCCCCAGCGACACCAAACGGGUGAUGAGGACCAAAGACGGCGAGAAAUGCUGGACCUGUGCGCCGGUGGGAGAGGGUCACACCCUGGGCAUGGACACUGGUCAGCGUGCCAUGUUCUGGAUGCUUCCCCUGCUGUGGUCCUUCAUGGACUGGCCAAACUCUUUCUGGCAGGUGUGUAACGGUGACCGUGCCCUCACCAUCUUCGUCGGGCUUUGCCUCUUGGGGUACUUUCUUCAGGUGUUCGCUCCUUUCCUGCGGUUGGAUCGUUUCUUCUCCUUCUACGCGCCUUGCAUGAAGAAGGGCGAGUUCUGGCGUUUCUUCACAUACUUCAUGCUGCACAGCGACAUGCAGCACCUGUGUGUGAACCUGUUCCACCUGAUGGACGCCCUGGAUCUUGAAGGCGUGCCGCCGGGCCUGGAGGUGAGUCCUGGGGUGCCGCUGAAGUGCACCCGCGACGGACCGGUGGCGAGCAUUUGCUACCCCGAUGUGGGUAUCGGCUGGAACAACGUGGUGGGCAUUAUGGCCACCGUUUUAGCCUUCGGCGCUUUGCUGGGGACCAUGAAGAACUUCGGAGCGCUGGUGCAGGGUGCCAGCUCCGUUUGCUUCGGGGUAGAUGGCGCGCUGAUUGCGCUCUACGGCGUCUUCCUGGGUGCGGGGUUGGACCAGCAGCUGAAGAUUCCCGAGUUUGGCGCCUUCUUCUGGAUGCGCAUUGGCAUCAUCGCCUUCCAUAUUGUCAUCGACAUUGUACAGAGCGUCUGCGGAUCUGGCAAAGACACUGUGGGAACUGUGGCGCACAUGGCCUCUUUGGUCGCAGGUUUCUGCUACAUCAUCAUUUUCCUGCCGCCCAUGGGCGAUGGGACCUUCUUCCACAGUGACCGGCCCUACAUUGUCAACUGUGGCUUGACUAGCCCCAAGUACGUCACGCUGGAUGAAGCUACGACGCAGUGCCUGGCCUUCUUCAGAAGGAGCAAUGGUAUCGAGAUUGGUAUGGCUCAGAACAUUGCCUAUACUGUUCUGGGCGGCUGCGUGCUGGCGGCGAUUGUGAAUGCCAUCAUGAAGCGUGACAUUAGCGACGACGGCAUCGCAGUCUUCUCCUGUGGAGAGUCCUACUCCGGGAGGUGA